UGCGAUAACACAGUCACGUGAUUGUUUGGACCAGUGCAGCAUGGCUGCUUCCAUCAGAGCAAUUCUGCUGUAGUCUAUAAAGCUGAUUACAAUUGUUACUUAUGUUUAUGAAAUAUUGAAUUAAAACGCAUCAUGAAGACGUUCUACGGCCGUGCUGAUCCAUCAAUGGGGGGCAUUGAUUGUGAAGAAGAAGAUGAGGAAUACGACUAUCACCAAGAGAUUGCGAGGUCCUCUUUUGCAGACAUGUUGCAUGACCAGGACAGAAACAUUAAGUAUUACCAGGGUAUUAAAGCAGCCGUCCAGAGGGUAAAGGCUCGUGGUGAAAAGGUGACUGUCCUGGACAUUGGCACUGGAACUGGUCUGCUAUCCAUGAUGGCUGUCACUGCUGGAGCAGAUUACUGUUACGCAGUGGAGGUCUUCAACCCCAUGGCGGAUGCUGCUGUCACUAUUGUGAAGAGGAAUGGGUUUGCAGACAAAAUCAAGGUUAUCAAUAAACAUUCCACAGAAGUCACAGUGGGGCCAGAUGGAGACAUGCUCACGAGAGCAAACAUACUUGUCACCGAGUUAUUUGAUACAGAACUGAUUGGUGAGGGAGCCUUACCCAGCUAUGAACAUGCCCAUAUACACCUAAUGCAGAGAGGCUGUGAAGCUGUGCCCCAUCGUGCCACCAUAUAUGCCCAGCUGGUAGAGUCCGAGAGGCUGUGGAGUUGGACCCAACUGCAGCCCAUCGAUGUGGAUGACGGCAAGAGGCUGCUGCCUCCUCCAGCUGCGGUUUCCUGCUCAGGGGCGCCCUCUGUCUGUGACAUCCAGCUAAGUCAGGUCUCCCCUCAGUCUUUCACAGCACUCGGACCAUUAUGCACCAUGUUCAGGGUGGACUUCAGCCAGCCGGUGAGCAGUGCCUCACAGUCCUACUCAUCCCAGUUCCAGGUCCAGGCCAGCGGGCGGGCCCAAGUGGUCCUGUCCUGGUGGGACAUAGACAUGGAUCCAGAGGGCAGUAUUGUAUGUUCCAUGGCCCCCAGUUGGACCUAUGCAGAUCCCCAAGAGGGCCCUUGGCGGGAUCACUGGAUGCAGAGUGUCUACUUCCUGCCCUCUGAGAUGGCUGUCAGGGAAGGGGAAGAGGUCCGUCUUACUGUAACCCAUGACGACUACAGCCUCUGGUACAAUCUCUCCAGCAGCCCACAGACCAGUACGGGUUCACUGUUGGAUCGGCCAAUGUGUACUUGUCAGGCCCAUCUUGUCUGGAACCGACCUCGCUUUGGAGAGCUCAAUGACAGGCACAGGAAUCGGAGUUAUAUCAAGGCACUCCGCAGAGUCCUGAAAUCUGACAGUGUUUGUCUCGGUAUAAGCGAUGGAAGUCUCCUUCCCAUACUUGCCUCUAUGACUGGAGCCCAAAAGGUUUUCUCAAUUGAGAACUCUGGCAUGUCCCGACAAGUCAUCGAACAGAUCCUUGAAUGCAAUUCCCUGAAGGACGAGGUCCAGUUGUUAGGGAUGCAACCUGAGCAGGUCACAUCUGAAGACCUAGAAGGCCAUAAGGUGUCGGUGCUGAUGGGAGAACCUUACUUCAGUUCCAGCCUGUUGCCAUGGCACUCUCUGUACUUCUGGUACUGCCGCACAGCCUUGGCCCAAACACUGCAGCCCAACGCCACCAUCUUGCCCAGUUCCGCGACUCUUUACAUCAUGGGAGUCCAGUUUCAGGACCUGUGGAGGAUACGGGCUCCAAGUGGGACCUGUGAGGGCUUUGAUGUGACACCGAUGGACGAGAUGGUCCAGCAAUCCUUGGACUACCGAGAGUCACGGGAGGCUGAGCCACACCACCUGUGGGAAUACCCUUGCAGAGGCCUGACUGACCCUCAGCCUGUCAUGACCUUCAACUUCCAGAAGUGUCUUCCCGAGCAGCCAAUUAGCAGUCAGGGAUCUGUGCCCCUUCUGAGGGGAGGACGCUGCCAUGGAGUGGCUAUGUGGAUGGAGUUCCAGCUGACUGAUGAGAUCACUCUGAGCAUGGGCCUCUUGGAACCUGUCAGUGAAAAGGGGGCCUGCAAAUGGAGUCCUCAUAGGAAGCAGGGUGUGUACUUCUUGAAGUCGUCCUGGGACAGCGUAGGAGACGGGAGGGCUUCAGUGGCCUACAACCUGACCUUUGACCCUAAAUUGGGUGACAUCAAAAUGGACUUCUCAGUUGCCUCACCUUGAAAACUGCCCAGAAGACUCCAUUGCCUUAAACUUUAUGAACUGCUGAGUAUUGUUAAAAAGACUUUGGAUGACUAUUUAUUCUAGCCUCUGUAUCUGUCAUAUUGUAAACCUCCUUUGAUAAUACAUUACCUUCUUUUGUAAAUA